AUUACAACCUUCCUUCCUCAGCUCCAUUGCCUGAGCUAAUCUUAUCAUUUAUUUUUUCAAUCUUCAAUGGAGUCCAAAACUAUAGAAAACCGUCAAGAAGACUUCAUUUUCCGAUCAAAACUUCCGAAUAUUCAUAUCCCCAACCACCUCCCUUUACACUCUUAUGUCUUCGAAAACGUCUCCAAAGUCGCCUCGCGACCUUGCUUAAUCAAUGGUAGCACCGGCGACGUAUACACCUACGAGCAAGUCCACCUCACAGCGCGAAGAGUCGCUUCAGGGUUAGACAAGGUCGGGAUCAAACAACGCGAUGUGAUCAUGGUGUUGCUCCCAAACUGCCCUGAAUUCGUGCUUUCUUUUCUCGGCGCGUCGUUCCGCGGCGCAAUUGCCACCGCUGCUAAUCCCUUCUUCACGGCUGCGGAGAUAGCGAAGCAAGCGAAGGCCUCCGCCACGAAACUGAUCAUCACGCAAGCCUGCUACGUGGAGAAAGUGAAGGAUUUCGCUCACGAGAAUGAUGUGAAGCUCAUGUGCAUCGACGUGGCACCAGAGGGUUGUUUGCAUUUCUCUGAGUUGACUGAAGCCGACGAAACCGAACUCGCUGACGUGGAAAUUGUUCCAGACGAUGUCGUGGCACUCCCUUAUUCGUCGGGCACAACGGGUUUGCCAAAAGGAGUGAUGUUGACGCACAAAGGGUUAGUCACAAGCGUGGCUCAACAGGUCGAUGGAGAAAACCCUAAUUUGUAUUUCCAUAGCGAAGACGUGAUCCUCUGUGUGUUGCCGAUGUUUCAUAUCUACGCUUUGAAUUCGAUAAUGCUCUGCGGGUUGCGAGUCGGAGCUGCGAUUCUAAUCAUGCACAAGUUCGACAUUAAUGCCUUGUUAGAGCUCAUACAGAAACACAGAGUGACUGUUGCUCCAAUUGUUCCGCCCAUCGUGUUGGCGAUUGCUAAAUCGCCGGAGACGGAAAAAUACGACCUGUCUUCCAUAAGGGUGCUCAAGUCAGGGGCGGCUCCUGUGGGGAAGGAGCUUGAAGAUGCUGUGAGUGCCAAAUUUCCUAAUGCUAGACUUGGCCAGGGAUAUGGAAUGACAGAGGCAGGACCAGUGUUGGCAAUGUGUUUGUCAUUUGCUAAGGAACCGUUUGAUAUUAAGCCUGGAGCAUGUGGCACUGUGGUUCGAAAUGCAGAGAUGAAGAUCGUGGAUCCGGACACCGGUGCCUCUCUGCCUCGGAACCAGGCUGGAGAGAUUUGCAUUAGGGGAGAUCAGAUCAUGAAAGGAUAUCUUAACGAUCCCGAGGCAACGCAGAGAACCAUUGACAAAGAGGGUUGGUUGCAUACCGGCGACAUGGGAUUGAUUGAUGACGAUGACGAGCUCUUCAUUGUUGAUAGACUGAAGGAGCUGAUCAAAUACAAAGGUUUUCAGGUUGCCCCUGCAGAACUUGAAGCCAUGCUACUAGCCCACCCUGACAUUUCUGAUGCUGCUGUGGUUGGAAAGACGGAUGAAUCAGCCGGAGAAGUCCCUGUUGCAUUUGUGGUGAGAUCAAAUAAUUCAAAAACCACUGAAGAUGAUAUCAAGCAGUAUAUCUCAAAGCAGGUGGUGUUUUACAAAAGAAUAAACAAAGUAUUCUUCAUAGAUGCAAUACCUAAGGCACCAUCUGGCAAGAUCCUGCGGAAGGACCUCAGAACAAGAUUGGCAAAUGAAGUUCAAAAUUAAGAUGUGCAUUCCAGUCCUAAUACAUUUAAAUACGAUGUAUAGCAUCACAAUGGAUUCAACAUGUAUUGGGGCAAAGAUUUAAACUCCCACUCUGGAAGGAAAACUUACAAAUUUGUACCGUUUGCGAUAGACUUGUGGAUCCAUGUCACGUGUACCAUUGUUGUUUAAAUGGGUUGUUCCGAACACCGAUACUCUAUCCUUCUGAUAUAAUCUUCUGAAAUAAAACCAUUGCAGACAAGUCAAGCCAUUACGUAUUUACGUGAAUGAAUAAA